AUGACUUCAGAUCAAGCUGAUUGGGAAAUCGGGCUUGCAAGACUCACCGCAAGCGCUGGUUUACCGCUGUGGUGGGUUGAGAACCACGAAUGGAAAGUAUUAUGCGACCGUUUUCUCCCAAGAGCGAAAAUUCCCUCUGCAAAAGUCUUGACACAGCAUGUCCUACCCCAUGCCCUUAAUAUACUCAAAGGUACCGCUAAAGAAGAAUGUCAAGGCGCUGACGCAACAUUGCAAUGUGACGGUUGGACUGGUGAAAAUCACCAUCACCUCCUGGGGUUUAUGAUGACUGCUCGCCGAAAGCUGCACACGAUUAAAGUUCACGAUGCUUCGAUGGACCCUCACACCACCGAAGAACUUCUCAAGCAAAUGUUAGAUGCAAUCAGCAGGAUCGAGUCCGAGUGGGGGGCAAACGCGUCCAGUGAAUCACGAAAAGCUCGGUGUCUGCUUCAAGAGCAACUACCCCACAUUGUUGUUCCUAAUUGCUUGGCUCAUCAGGUAUGGCGAUUUUCGUGA